AUGGUGCUAGUCCCUAUAGAACAACGUAAAUUUCCCAAGACUUUAGUUUUAUUUGAUGUCGAUGGAACUUUGACUCCUGCUCGUUUGAGCAUCUCUCCUGAAAUGCUUGAUUGCUUGCAGAAGCUUCGUCAAAUCGUUGCUGUUGGGUUUGUUGGCGGCAGUGAUUUGAACAAACAACAAGAACAGCUCAGUGUUAGUGGGGAAAAUGUCGUCAACUCUUUCGAUUACUCUUUUGCUGAGAAUGGAUUAACUGCUUACCGCUAUGGUGAGCAGCUUGCCAGUCAAUCAUUUAUCCAGUAUAUUGGUGAAGAAAGAUACCAAAAGUUGGUGAACUUUUGUUUACACUACAUUGCUGACUUGGACAUCCCCAUUAAGCGUGGUACUUUUGUUGAAUUCCGUAAUGGAAUGGUCAAUAUUUCCCCCAUUGGCCGUAAUGCUAGUAAUGAAGAGCGUCGAGAGUUUGAGCAAUUUGACAAGGUUCACAACAUCCGUUUGAAAAUGGUAUAUGCCUUGCGCGAAAAAUUUGGUGAUUAUGGCUUAACCUUCUCGAUCGGUGGUCAGAUUUCUUUUGAUGCUUUCCCUACCGGUUGGGACAAGACUUACUGUCUUCAGCAUAUUCAAAAGGAAGGUUUUGAAACCAUCCAUUUCUUCGGUGACAAAACAUUUACCGGAGGCAAUGACUACGAAAUUUAUGAGGAUCCUCGUACUAUUGGUCAUACUGUAACUUGCCCUGAGGACACAAUGAAGCAACUUCAAGAAUUAUUUUGCAUUUAA